CAUACGGCAUCUUCCCCGCCAUUAGGUCUGACGCCAUAUUUGACAGAUGUGAAUGGGAGUCGGGAUUUCUACAUGUUCUUAGAUCAUUGAUUUACGCAAGAAAUUCCCUGGAAAUAAGUCAAAUAUUAUUCUAACAGUACCGGGAGCAGUGCUCGUAUUGUUUUCAAAAUUGUAUAUUCGCCAUACUAACAUUAGUUUCGUGUGGAGUGUCGUAAUCUAACUCGCGGGGGAAAGAUGUCAGGAAUUGCAAUCGCUCGGCUCGGCGAAGAAAGAAAAGCGUGGCGAAAAGAUCACCCCUUUGGAUUUGUGGCGAAACCGACAAAAAAUCCAGAUGGCACAUUGAACUUGAUGAUUUGGGAGUGCGCGAUUCCCGGCAAAAAGGGGACUCCGUGGGAAGGAGGACUGUAUAAGUUGCGCAUGAUCUUCAAAGACGACUACCCGACAAGCCCGCCAAAGUGUAAAUUCGAGCCGCCGCUCUUCCACCCGAACGUGUACCCAUCCGGAACCGUGUGCUUGUCGCUGCUGGACGAGGAGAAGGACUGGCGCCCCGCGAUCACAAUCAAGCAAAUUCUGCUCGGCAUCCAGGAUCUGCUGAACGAGCCCAACAUCAAGGACCCCGCACAGGCCGAAGCAUACACAAUUUAUUGCCAAAACCGCCUGGAGUACGAGAAACGCGUGCGAGGACAAGCCAGAGCAAUGGCAGCGACCGAAUGAAUUAUUUAUUUCUGCUGGGGUUUCCCAAUCAACGUUUUAUUAGGCUUAGGAAAGAACAGGACGUGUGCCUGGUGUGCGUGCUAGGGCGCUUGGAACUGGAGCAACAGAUUUGAGGCGGUCGUUUUUUUUUACUUUGGAUUUAUCACUGGCGCAGCCCGAGUUUGAACGUUCACUUUGGCUACUUUGCAUAACGAGCACCGAACAACAAGCCGUUGUCCUUGUGAUUUUCUAUUUGCAUUAACUUACAUAUAUCUCUAGAUUUUUAGUUUUUUAUAUAAUUUAAUCGAGCAAAACAACCAACUCCUUUCAAAACAUUUCUCCUGAGAAGAACGUUCUUGUUCAUUAAAUAAAGAAUCAUAAUUAAUGGUACAUAA